AUGGCAUUCACAAGGCUACGAACCGUCUACAAGAGAAGGAAGGCGUCAGCUUCCCCCGAACAACACCCUCCACGGCCGCGGACGGCGCCAGCCACUACGAACGCCUCAACUUCGACGCCGUCGCUGCUGCCGCCGCUUCCCCCGCGAGACCCUGUCGACACCACGACGCUCCACUCGUCCCUCGCACCCGUUGGACAUGAGCCGCGCCACUACUCCUCGGCGUUGGCACUGGCGACGUCUGCUGGCAUUCAUGAAGAGGGAGACUCGUCGUCUUCGCCUUCUCCCGGCGGUGACCCUGGUGGCGGCGGCGGUAAUGGGGAUAGGGAAGAGCUCAUCCAGCACAUGCGCGACCAACUCAGUACGGCUAACUCGGUUAUCCGGUUCUUGCACGAGCACGUCGACGGGAUGCGCGAGGAUAGGGACAAGUAUCGCGAUCGCGUUGAGGAGCUGAAGAGCUUGGCUAAAUUGACGCUCGAUAUGCUUGAAGGAGCGCAUCAAAGGGAGUGGGAGGUUUGUCGUGAGGUGAGGAGGGUGAAGGAAACGGCCAUUACGUUUGCUACGGAGGAGGGUGGCUCUAGGGAGAGGGAAGGACCACAGCGGCAGAAGACGACGACAGGGCGGAGGAGAGACUCGUUGAUGAGGAAGAUCGGGCUUGGGGGUAAGAAAGAAGGAAGGGAGAGAGAGAAGGAGAAAGAGAGGACCGAGGUGAAGACCAAGCACGAUUCUGCGCGAGAGGAACCGUCGCCUGCGCAGAUGUUCGCUUUCCAUGGACACGCAUCACCAACUCUACCGCCUGAUGAGCCCGUCGUCCAGCACAUUGGUGUUGACCGCGGUGGUGCCGGUGUGGGCAGCAGCAGCAACGCUCGUCGCAAGAAGGGUCAUGUCAAGAGCCAUUCUUCAAGCCAUGCGCGCUUACGCGAUGACGGGGCGCUGACCAUCCCGGGUGAUGAGCUGGAGCGGCUCGUGCAGGCCAUGGAUCGGAACGUCAAUGCGCUGAGGGAGGAUAUCAAGAAGCUGGUCGACGAAGUCAAUACGCACAAGCACCAUCCAGUGUACACCAGCUUAACUGAUAUUCCUCCUCGAUUCGGCUGA